AUGGGAUCGACGCCGUCGGAGAAGUCGUUCUUCGGGAAAAUCGCCGCCAAGAUAGACCUCGAUGUACCUACUUUUCUGAUGAUGCUAAAAGGUGCAAUUGCACCGGCAAUUGGACUUGCAGCAUACCAGAGUGAUCGCUUUGCAGAGGAGUAUACCACUCUCGGAUACCUGAUAUCGAUCUUGUCAAUUCUUUCUCUGCCGAUUCUACCACGAGCAAAGUUUAUCCAGAAUAUCACCGUCACGGUAUUCAGUACCUGCUUCGCAGCUGCCAUCUCGCUUUUGCAGAUCUGUUGUGCUGUGGCAGCUCGACAAUCAUCGUCUCCUACACCAAGUUCCACAUCUACCGGCGCUUCGGGCAGUACUCAGUCUCGAGAAUACAAUACCGCCGCCAAUGUUACAAUCGCUGUUUGGUUGUUCUUCAACUUGUACCUCGCAAACACGAUCCGAGCCUGCAGGCCACAACUUCUCCUUACCUCCAUACAGUAUUGUUUAUUCACCAUCGUCACUUCUACAUAUGCACCAUCAUUUCCGACGAUGGAGGCUGGAAUGGAUUUCGUCGAAAGAAUACUAAAAGUUUUCUUGACUGGGCAAGGGCUGGCCACAGGAGUUUCGCUGAUCAUUCUUCCUGUCUCAUCCAGGAUGCUUUCAUACAAACAAAUGGCUCAGGUCCUCAACUCGAUGAAAGACGCGCUCUCAAUCCACUCGGCAUACUUGCACGGCAUUACGACACGUCAUGCUGACGAAGCAGAACCUGUGGAUGAGAGUGGUUUCUCUGCUGUUACAGAAAAGAAUCCCCACGGAUAUGCAUCAGUUGAGAAAGCGGCAGAGGAUGCAAAGAAAUUGAAACUGACUCUUCAAAAGGCGUCCCAAGUGUUUGCACAGUUGAAGAUUGAGAUCAGCUUCGCGAAAAAGGAGAUCGGAUGGGGAAAAUUGGCACCAGAAGACUUCAACAAUAUCUGGACCCAUAUGCAACACAUUCUACUCCCGGUCGCCGGGCUAUCGACUUUCGUUGAUAUUUUGCAGUCUGUGAAGCGACAAAAAACGGAAGCAAGUGAUUUUAUCGAAAACCUAAAUAUGGUUGAAGCUAUAAUGAGACUUGAAGCAGAGGAAUGGCGCGAACUUCUCCUUGAAUCUCGUGGCCCUUUCCAACAAGCGAAAGCUGCACUUGUGGGUGGGCUGUCUCACGUAAUGUAUGUCCUUGAACUUGUGCCACGACCGAAAAUUGGGGUGGAGGAUGUCGAAAACAACGCACCAAAUGUCCCUGCACCAGGAGAUCCAGGGUUUGCGGCACAUUUGAAGGCCAGCAUAGACGCAUUCCAAGAGCAUCGAGAGGGCACCGUCCAAAGAUGGUGCAAGAAGAAAGGGAUUGAUGUGCCUGCCAGAUUUUGGGAGGAUCCUUCAGUGCAAUACAACUUUCAAGACUCGGCUGCUUUCCAAGAAGUCGUGCGACAGAAACAGAAUCACCAGCAACUCUAUCUGGUGCUGUAUCUCGAGUAUUUACUGAACUCUGUGGGCAAAGCUGUUCUUGAUAUGGUCCUGUUUGCCGACUCCAAGGUCCAAGAUGGAACCAUGAGCAAGAAUAAAUUCAUCUUUCCAGGCUGGAGACGGAUCCGCAAAUUGAUACAAAACUCCUACAGAAAAGUUGAUGCUGAACAAACGCUCCCUGAGAGUCAGGCAUCCGGGAUUUUUAUCAGGGUAGGGGAUGCGCUCUCUGGAUCAAAGGACCCCGAGCAUCUCCCUCCAGCGACUUUGUACCAGCAUGCAACCAAUUAUCUGAGGGCCAUCCCUGAAUUUCUAGGUUCACCGGAGUCUGCGUUUGGCUUUCGAGCUGCAGUGGCCAGCAUGUCUAUUGGUAUCCUCACAUAUCUACGCCAAACCUCGCCUUUCUAUAUCUCACAACGUGGUGUAUGGGCAGUCAUCAUGGUGGCAAUCUCCAUGUCACCUCAUGCCGGAGCUGGCGUGCAAGGAUUCAUCUUCAGAAUCCUCGGGACAAUCGUUGCCUCAGUGGCGUCGUUGGCGAUCUGGUAUAUGAGUGACCAGAAACCCGCUGCCAUCAUUCCUCUAUCAUAUGUUUACUUUGUCCUGGCGCUUUAUUUCCUCUUUAAGAAACCCAAGCAUAUCAUCACGGCUGUUAUCUCCAUUGUGACUUUAAUAUUGAUCGUCGGUUAUGAGUUACAGGACCAAAAGCUAGGUACCGCGCGUAUUGAAAGAAAUGGUCAGCAAUACUACCACAUCUACCUGCUCGCGCCGUACCGACUUGUUACCGUACUUGCAGGUCUCGGUGUAGCUUUCAUCUGGACAUAUUUCCCAUAUCCGAUCACGACGCACUCCACACUGAGAAAAGAUCUCGGCGACACUCUCUUUCUCCUUGCCAAGUAUUAUUCCUGUACCCACGCGACGGUCGAGUACAAGCUUCGCCAUGGUGCGUAUGCCACCUUACAUGACAAGUCCGAACCGAUCCGCAAACUGGAUAAGGCACGGUUGAAAGUGUUCGAACAGAUGCUUGUGAUGAUGAACCGUUUGCGGGAACAUUCUGCAUUCACCAAGUACGAACCCACCUUCGGCGGCCGGUUCCCCAAGGAGACCUACGAUGACUUGAUCGUGCACCUCCAGAGCCUGUUUAACUACAUGGCACUGAUCAACUACUCGUCGCACGCAUUCUCCACCGAUGGAUCCACUGCGACCGCCGAAGAAAGUGAGUGGCUUCGAGACUUCCGUGCAAUUACCGCAUCCUCACGCGUCACAUCCCACGAGCUCACAUCGACACUAUGCCUCGUGUCCGCAAGCGUCGCGAACUCCCAGCCACUCCCACCACACAUCCGCGUCCCGCGCCCUGUCGACCUCGCAGACCAGCUGGGUGCCGUCGACCCAGGCAUCCUGAGCGUCAAGCACAUCCGCGAGCCAUGCUACGCGGCGUUCGCGGUGCUCGAGGUCGCCGGCAUCCUCAUCAUGCUCGAGAUGCACCAGGUGCUCAACAGAGUCAAGGAGCUCGUCGGCGAAGUAGACUUCUCGGUCCAUAUCAACGAUGCCAAAGACAGUGCCUCGUCCAGCGAGAGUCUCUUCGACGCGCGGAAGCAGGCGGCUGGUGAUAAUAAUGUUGCUCGCCAGCCUGGCGGGGAGAAACGGAAGGACGCUUGA